AUGAGUGUCGCUAACAACCACAGUUUUCGUCAAAUAUCUAGGUAUGAGACACAAACACCAAUCUCAGACGAAGAUCUGAUCGUUCUAGAUCAAACCAAUAUCAGCAAUGCCUAUGUCAGUGGACUGAAAGAGGAUUUCGGUCUAUACGGAAAUGAACUCAACUACUUCAAUGUCUGUUAUUAUACAUCAUACGUGGUCUUCCAAAUCCCAGGCUUGCUGUUGAUGUCCCGUCCCAAACUGGCUCGCUGGCUCCUCCCAACUCUAGAAGUCCUCUGGGGCAUUUGUACAUUUGCCCAAAGCCGAGUGACCAAUGUUACUCAGCUAUACGCUCUUCGAGUCUUGGUCGGAGCUUUGGAAGCACCUGUAUUCGCUGGAACCCAUUUCAUCCUCGGAUCUUGGUAUACAGGCCCCGAAUUAUUCAAGCGAGCAGGAACUUGGUUCAUCUGCAAUCCCCUGGGCACCAUGGUGAGUGGAUAUCUCCAGGCAUCCGCAUACACCAAUCUCUCUGGUGUAGGAGGCAUGCCGGGAUGGAGAUGGCUGUUCAUCAUUGAUGGAAUCUUCACUAUUCCCGUCGCCUUGAUUGGAUUCAUCAUUUUCCCCGGGAUUCCCGGCUCUCCGAGGCCCUUUUAUCUGACCGAGGAUGACCUUGCAUUGGCAAAGGAGAGAGCUAAGAGGGCGAAGAUUCGCCAACCCGGAAAAAUGAGUCUCGAUGUGUUCAAGCGGACUUUCAAGAGGUGGCAUAUCUGGGUCUUCAUCUCUUGUUAUGCAUGUAUGAUUAUUUGUUCCUAUCCCAGCGGCUAUAUGAGCCUGUGGCUCAAGGCAGAGGGUUACUCUGUGACUCAGAUCAACCAACUGCCCACCGUGACUUAUGCGAUUAACAUUGUCGCCUCCUGGCUGGGGACAACCCUCGCAGCGAUUUAUCCCGAAUGGAUCAUCUAUACCAUCGCAUCGGUUUGCUGUCUGUUUUCAACCCUGUGCAUGAUUGUUUGGAACAUACCCACCACUCUGAAAUUCGUGGCUUGGUAUCUUCUCGGCGCCGCUGGAUGUCUCAGUCCAAUCUUAUAUUCCACGAUCAAUAUCAUCGUUCGAGACGAUGCUGAGGAGCGUGCUCUCAUUAUGGUAAGACUGCCGGUGCCAGUUGACGUUCUUCAUACUUACCCAAUAUAG